AUGUCCUUAGUUCGCCUUUGGCGAUGGAGUAUCAAGUCCUUCCCUCCAUACUGUAGGGCGAUUGGCGGCACAUCUGCUGGAGCACUGGCCGCCGUCCUACUCGCCGGGCUGCGCCCCAAGCCGGAUGCCCCUGCAGGGACGGCCCUCCUGGAGUCGCUCCUGCAGAUGCCAGUCCCCAAGUUUAAGGACGGGGCUGGGCUGGACAAGGCGGUCGGGGACUGCCUCAUAGGGCUUGCCACCGGCACUUACACGUCGCCCCUGAACUGGCUGCUGCUGCCCCUCUUCCCUGUGGCGCUGGCCAGGAUCGUGGCCAAGGCUGGCAUCCACCCAGGCACCGUGCUGGAGAAGUGGGUGCAUGGGGAGCUGGAGGAGAAGGGCGCCGGCACGCUCGGCGCCCUGAAGACCAAGUGUGACUUGAAAGACAUUGUAUUCGAGAAGGUUGCCACCGAGUCCCACCUGAAAUCGUUGCAGGUGCCUGACAAUGGGCAGCCCCUGGAGGGCCUGGUUGUGGCCGUGUCGGCAGACGUGACGACCGGGAGCAAGGCCAACCUGAGCUGGAAGAGGGACCCGGCGGUCAACAACUCCCCUGUCACACACUCGGAGCUCUACUGGGCUGAUCCAGACAGCGAGAAGGCAGCACAGUGUGUGAGGGCCAGCGUCUCGAUACCCGUCUUCUUCCAGCCCAAGAUUGUGCCGGCAGAGAAGGGAAAGACCAUUCCCAACGCUGGCGAGCUGGCCAAGCCGCUGAACAACAAGUGGGCGACCAUGGGGUUCAGCACCACAAUCCCGGACCAGGUGACUUGGGGUGACUCCAACAUCCAGCACAUAGCCAUCCUCUCCAUCAUGCAGGUUCGGUUCCAGGAUGGCGCUGUCCUCUCCGGCUUCCCCAUCAACCUCUUUCACGUGCCUCCCACCGAGCCCGUCCGCUGUCCCACCUUUGGGGUAGCGCUGUCGCCCCCCAGGGAGAAGAAGAAGACCUCCAACCUGCUGGAGCUGCUGGGGGCCACCAUCAUGACGGCGACGCACAUCCAGGACAUCGAGUUCAUCGCCCAGAACAAGGAGUAUGAGAUGCUGACUCAGACCGUGGACGACGGGAAUGUGUCUGCCCUGGACUUCAAUCUCCCCAUCAUCGGAAAGUAUGUCCUGUUCUACAAUGGGGUACUGGCCGCACGGGAUUUCCUCAUGGGCGAUGGGAACGGGAGGCCGCGCUUUGACUGGGCCAAGUACAAGCACCACCGCGCCAACAUUUCUGCGGCCAACCGACGUGGCCCCAACAAUGGGGUGGGCAAUGGCAGCGCCCGCUUGGCCCAGGUGGUGGGGACACCAACUCAGUGA